AUGUCGGACGUGGUGGAAGAAAAUAUCCUUUUUGAUCAUGAUAGUGAUGGUGGCGAUGAUGAUGACGUUGACGACCUCGACCUAGGCUAUAAUGGUCUCACUAACAUAGAGGCGGAAAAUCCUCCAGGUCAAUGGGAUGACACGGUGGAAUUCCGCGUCUUGGGCGGCCGAGAGAUUCAGACCCGUGUGGAGGCUCAUAUCUCGAAGAUCUCUAGCCUCAUCUCGGUUUCUAAAGAAGCCGCUCUUGUUCUAUUGUGUAAAUAUCGCUGGGAUGUUGGCCGGAUUCUGGAUGAAUGGUUUUCUGACGAAAACAAAAUCCGGCAGGCGUGUGGGCUGGUAAAAUUUACAGAGGACGAUUCUUCCCGCGCCGGAGGGAAUCGUAAAGGCGAAUUCUUUUGUGGGAUUUGUUUGGAGACUUAUCAUCAUGACGCGGUGAACAGUUUCGCGGUCAGAACUGCCUGUGGCCAUCUCUAUUGCGAGAAUUGCUGGAGAACUUAUGUCAGCACUGCCAUUAACGGCGGCGCGGGAUCUCUAUAUCUGAGAUGCCCUCAGCCCAAUUGCGGGGCCUCUGUUUCCGACAUGAUUACUUCAUCCGCAUCCGAUGAAGACAGGGCAAAGUACGAGAAUUAUAUCUUGAGUUCCUAUGUCGGAAGUUUUAAAUACAUCAAGCGCUGUCCUGCUCCGGAGGGAUGCGAAUUCGCUGUCGAAUGUUUGUUUAGAGGUUUCGGUAACUACAAUCCCUGCUACCUCAAUGUCACUUGUAAAUGUUCGUAUCAAUUUUGCUGGAAUUGUUUAGAAGAAGCUCAUAGCCCGGUAGAUUGCGAAACAGUGGCGAAAUGGAGAUUGGAAAGCGUCUCCGAAUCACAUAACGUGGAAUGGAUCUUAGCCAACACAAAAUCUUGUCCAAAAUGCAAAAGAAGGAUUGAAAAAUAUGGUGGUUGUGACGAAAUAUGUUGCGCAGAGCCUUGCGGAUUCUUUUUCUGUUGGAUGUGUUUAAGUCCUAUGUCUGAACAUGACAACGUGGUCUGUGGUCUGUACAAGGAAGGUAAGAAGGGCGAGUUUAAUGAAGAAGAGGAGAUCAGGCAGAAGGCGAAGAAUUCACUCGAGAAAUUCUUGCAUUAUUACGAUAGAUGGGUGAUUAACCAAAACUCCAGGAUGAAGGCAUUGGCGGAUAUGAAACAAUUGCGGAUUAAUUCGGAGAAAUUUAGGAACAUUCAUCACUUGCCAGUGUGUCGUGUUCAGUUCAUCAUGGAUGCUUGUGCUCAGGUUGCGGAAUGCCGGAGGGUUCUGAAAUGGUUGUACGCAUUCGGGUAUUUUCUGCAGGUGGAGGAGAAGAUUGGGCCGGCGAAGAAGGCGUUCUUCGAUUAUGUAUGCGCGGAAGCAGAGUCUACCUUCGAGAGACUCCGUGCUUCGGUUGAGGAAGAGCUUCCGAAACACAUUCGCGAAAGAGCUCAUCCGGCCAAACUCAUGAGUUUCGGGACGAAAGUCGCUAAUCUGACGAGGAUCAAUCGGACUUACUUUCAGAACUUGGGUAAAGGAGUGGCCACUUGUGCAUCGAAGGAGAACCAACCAUGAUACAACAAUCUGACUCCUGACAACAUGUGCUGUGCUCGUGGAACAAUUUGAUCACAAUUCUAGUUUAAUUUUCUAGGAUUUCAAAUGGUUUUAGAAGCAGGGGCGAAGAAGUACAGAACUUAGUAUGAAUGGCAAG